AUGGCCACCGAUCCCAGCACAACAACCUCCCUCACCUCGCCCGGCAUCUACGUGGCGCUGACCCACGAGCCCCUCGACGCAAAAUCCAUCAUGGACAAAGUACGCAGCCCCGAGGCCGGCGCCAUAGUGCUCUUCGCAGGGACGACGCGCAACAACUUCAACAACCGCGCGGUGCUGGACCUGUCGUACGAGUCGUACGCGCCGCUGGCGCUGCGGACGCUGCAGGGCAUCGCGGGGGGCGUGCUCACAAAGCACGCGCUCAAGGGCGUCGCCGUCGUCCACCGCCUGGGCGUCGUGCCCGUCGGCGAGGAGAGCAUCCUCAUCGCCGUGUCGAGCCCGCACCGCGCCGCCGCGUGGCGCGCCGGCGAGGAGUGCCUCGAGGAGGUCAAGGCGCGCGCCGAGAUCUGGAAGCUCGAGACCUUUGAGGAUGACCGGAGCGCGGUGUGGCGGGCGAAUAGGGACGGGGUCAUGGGGGAGAGGGUUGAGGGCGGGGCCGAGGCUGAGGGUAAGGAUGAGGCUGAGGCGAGGGGAGUAAGUAGCCAGCUAAGGGGUGAUGGUGCCGAGGUCGAGGGGGAGGGCGGUUUUGUCCCUGAUGCUAUGGGACCGGUGGUGAGGCCGCGGAGGCUUGGGGAGAAGGGCCAUGGAGCUGUGGUCAAUCCAAAACCACAGCCGACUUCUCAAUGA